AUGAGUCCUAGGAACAGCUCAUUGUCACACACAGAGUUCAACUCAACUCCAUCCAACCCCUCCCUACACAAUUCUUGUAGGGCAGAGCUACCUCUGAGAAGACUGGAACUUUACUGGAACUGGAGCAGAGAGGAAAGACAGAACACUUUAGUGAACUUGGACCCCAGGAAUUGGCCACUGGUGAGCACUGUAGUGCUUCAUAGGCAGCCAACCAUAAAAAAGAAGAACUUUACACCAUUCUUGUCAUUCUGAAAGACUAUAAAACCAGAGUCUAAUCUCCAUCAUCAUACAGGAAGCCAAGAACUUCCUACUAGGUUGGGACCUUGAACCUUGAAUUCAUAAAGAUCCUCAAAGGCCCAGAAACAAAGUCUGUGUGGACAAAAUACUCUGGAAACACAGACUCACUGUCUUUAACAGAAAAGUAAAUUCAGAAGCUAUUAUUCCUGACCAGUUCCUCAGCAAAGGAUGGAGAUUUCAGAUUUCACAGAAGCCUACCCCACAACUACAGAAUUUGACUAUGGGGACUCCACUCCAUGCCAAAAGACUGCUGUAAGAGCCUUUGGGGCUGGACUCCUGCCCCCCCUGUAUUCUCUAGUGUUCAUCAUUGGAGUGGUGGGCAAUGUCCUAGUGAUUCUGGUGCUCAUGCAGCAUAGGAGGCUUCAAAGCAUGACCAGCAUCUACCUGUUCAACCUGGCUGUCUCUGAUCUGGUCUUCCUUUUCACUUUACCUUUCUGGAUUGACUACAAGUUGAAAGACGACUGGAUUUUUGGUGAUGCCAUGUGCAAGCUUCUCUCUGGGUUUUAUUACCUGGGUUUAUACAGUGAGAUCUUCUUUAUCAUCCUGUUGACGAUUGACAGAUACCUGGCCAUUGUCCAUGCUGUGUUUGCCCUGAGGGCCCGAACUGUUACUUUUGGCAUCAUCACCAGUAUUAUCACCUGGGCCCUAGCCAUCUUAGCUUCCAUGCCUGCCUUAUACUUUUUUAAGGCCCAGUGGGAGUUCACUCACCGUACCUGUAGCCCUCAUUUCCCCUACAAGAGCCUGAAGCAGUGGAAGAGGUUUCAAGCUCUAAAGCUAAACCUUCUUGGACUAAUUUUGCCUCUGUUAGUCAUGAUAAUCUGCUAUGCAGGGAUCAUCAGAAUUCUGCUCAGAAGACCCAGUGAGAAGAAGGUCAAAGCCGUGCGUCUGAUAUUUGCUAUUACUCUUCUAUUCUUCCUCCUCUGGACCCCCUACAAUCUGAGUGUAUUUGUUUCUGCUUUCCAAGAUGUUCUAUUCACCAAUCAGUGUGAGCAGAGUAAGCAACUGGACCUGGCCAUGCAGGUGACUGAGGUGAUUGCCUACACCCACUGUUGUGUCAACCCAAUCAUUUAUGUUUUUGUGGGUGAACGGUUCUGGAAGUACCUUCGGCAGCUGUUUCAAAGGCAUGUGGCUAUACCACUGGCAAAAUGGCUGCCCUUCCUCUCUGUGGACCAACUAGAAAGGACCAGUUCUAUAUCUCCAUCCACAGGAGAACAUGAGCUCUCUGCUGGCUUCUGAUUCAGACCAUAGGUGUCAACCAAGGAAGGUCUAAGAAGAGAAUGAGGAGACAGUAUAUAGCUCUCCAAGACUGAUACUGACAGUUCUUACAGUCAGGAUUCCCAAUCUUUUAGGGUCAAAGGAAACUUAGAGGUAGCUUAGGUAUAAGUCACCUCUUUAAUUGUUUCCUUGAACUUCUCUCUGUUAGAAAGGAGAUGAAUAAACAAAAUGGGGCAUUCCAGAAACUGGAAUAAAGGUGACAAUGAGUGGCAUGGGCCCAAUAAGAGAUAGGAUCUGUGGUUAUUAAUUUAAAAACAAAGCCACUACUUUUACUGAAUUCAAUUCCUAAUGAUGUUAUAUUCUGAAAAAAAUUAAAGCAUUGUAAUAGAGAAGAAUUUUGCAUAUUUGCAUAUUGACAUAUAUUAUAAAGUAUAAGAUGUUAUGUCAAAAAAUUAAAUCUGUAACAAACUAAAGUUUUUCUAUCCAAUUAUUUUAAAUAAUUAGCAAAGAUGCAAAUAGAUCAGAGGAUAAAUGCAAUAGCAUUGAUAUGAAAAUACUGAUCAAAAGGAAAUGACAAUUAAAAUAUAAAAGUUCUUUUGGAUGCUGAAAGUAGUGAAUAAAUAUUAUUUCAUUUUACUAACAAAAAUGCACAUUACAGGUCCAGAUAUGGCAAAAACAGUCACUGACUUGCAGUUUGAUACAAAUGUAAAUUAGUGCAGUAUUUCUGAAAAGGAAUUUGAAAAGUUCAAGAAUACUCAAACAAUUUUAGGGUGAUAUUAACAAAUGCUAUUAAAAUGUCAUAUAGUUUAAUAAUUUCAGAAAUAUUAAAUGUCAGUCAAUAUGGUAUAUUUUAAAGAAUUUUUAUUGAUCUGGGAAUAUGUUCAUAAUAUUACUAAAUUAAAAUGGAAAAUUAAAAACUGGCAAAUGGCUCACUGGAAAAGGCACUUACCACCAACCUUAACAACCUGAGUUCAAUUUUAGGAACUCACAUGAUGAAAGGAAAGAACUGAUUCUAACAAAUAGUCCUUUGAUCUCUAAAUGUGCACAUAUGGAGACAUACACCCAAAUAAAUUAAUGCAAAAAAUAUAGAAUUCUUUUGGCCCAUAUUUUAUAUAUGAAAAGAACAAACUAAAAGAAUACAUCAAUCCAUUUUCCUCUGCUAUAAUAAAAUCCCCAAAGCUGAUACUUUAUAAAGAAUAAAGGUUUGUUUAGCUUGAAACUUUGGAGACUCAGCAUGACAUUCUGCUCAGCUCUCAUAAGAGCUCCAUCAGUGCAUCACUGCACGGAAUAGGCUUCAUGAUCUGAGCACAGGCAAGAAG